AUGCGGGAUAUUCCUAUUGCAACUUAUGUUCUCAAUGAUUCUUGGAAUUGGAAUCUUAUGGGUCAGCAUGUUAAUUUAGACACUAUAUCUUUGAUUGCUAACUAUCCUGUGCCACAUCCCUCUAAAGGCAAAGACUUCCCUUCUUGGUCCCUUACAAGUAAUGGACCCUCAGAAGAUCAAGACUUUCCUUUGGAAAGUAGCCCAUGGCUAGCUCCUUGCUAUGAGAAGAGGAAGAAGCGUCACUUUUCUGACAAUGAUAGUUGCGACUAUUGUCAUGAUGCCAUCGAGACGGAUUCUUUGGUGUCAUUCUUUAGCCUUGGACUUCAUGAUUGGCUAAAAGCUAAUAUCAAUGGGAGCAUCAAAACGCAAGAAUCGCACUGGAGCAUGCUAUUCUGCAUGAUUGCUUGGCAGCUUUGGAAUGCUAAGAACGAUCGCAUAUUCAAGUAUUCUCCUUCUGUCCCCCAGAACAUCAUUCAUCAAUCAAUAGACUAUGCAAGGUUGAGCCAUCCUCUCAAUAGUUCUUCUAAAAGGAUCUUGAACAGAUCCUCCAAAUCUGAGACCCUUAUCUCUUGGAGUCUCUCCACUACCGACCUCUUAAAGCUUAAUAUUGAUAGUUCAGUCUUUAGUUUUCCUCUUGAAGCCACUUGUGGAGAAGUUAUUCAUGAUGAUCAAGAUAGCUUUGUGUAUGGGUUUGUUUGCAAGAUCAGUACCAGCUCUGCAAUUAAAGCAAAACUUUGGAGCUUACUUGAAGGCCUCAAACUUAUCAAGGCUCGCAAUCUCCAAUGUGUUGUGAUUGAGAUGGAUUCCUAA